AUGAUUGCUCCCAUUGCCGCUCUCGGUCUUGCCAGCCUCGCCGCCGCCGCUCCCACCAGCACCGGCCCUGCGUACCCCGAGACGUCCGCCUCCAACGGCUUCAACCUGGUGCUCAACGUGACCGAUCCCAGCCAGGACCUCAGCCCUCCCGUGCACGGCACCUUUGUGGCUUCGAUCCACGUCGGCCCCGCGCUCAACUACGUCGGCCAGUCGUCCGACGCCAGCGUCGCGCGCCUCUUUUACGUAAACGGCACCGCGUCCGACGUGCGCUACGGCAACUCCAACACCGUCUCGGACGGCGGCACCCCGCCCUUUUCCGAGGUGCUGUCGCUCGUGCCGGACAAGGAUUCCGAGACGCUGUCGACGCUGUUCCUCAACGCGGGCUCCGGAGGCGACGGUAACUACCGCACGGGCAUCACGGGGUUCCCAAACCCGAUCCCCGAACUCUACCCGCUCACGUACGUUGCCUGCCGUGAAGCGCUCGCGUACUAUGGCGGCAAGGAGUUUGUCAUUAUCAAGCAGGCCCAGACGACGGUCGGCGAGGACGGCCAGAUUGAGCGCAAUAUUCCCGAGGGCUGCGCGCCGUUGAGCCUGCUGCCGCAGUGCGCCACGCUCAAUGACCUGCCGGCCGGCUCCACGUCGAGCCACGAGUUUGCGGCCAGCACGCGCUGCUACGAGGACGUCGACUCGAUUGACUGGCCCAAGUACCACGCAUACUAA